AUGUCUCUUCGCAAAUUUGGAAGUAACAACAGUGCCAGUCCCUUGAAGAAGAACAUGGAUACCUUUCACCGCUCCUAUGGGUUGGCAGAUCCCCAACAGCAGCCACAACACGACCACGAAUCCAACCCAUUCGGCAUGGGUAAUCCAGCAGGAGAAAAUGCCAACGAUGAUUAUGACUACGACGCAGAGAAAAAACAACGGGGGCCUGCACCAAGUUCUGCCAACAAUAUCCUGGGAGUCGUCCGAAUGCCCGUUCCCACUUUGGUUUCCAUAUCUCCUUCCAAUUCCCUUGAUAAUGGUAUGCCUUCAUCAUCUACCGGAACAGUAGGCCCCCCACCCAUCAUGCCCACACUGCAAUCCAACCAAUCACAACCACAAUUUAUUACGACAAGAAACAGUAUAUUGCCAAGGCGAAAGGAUUCCAACCGAAAAUUACAACAAUCCGCGUCACUCCCCCCUCCCUUUGUCAUGCAAGUCACCGCCAUUGCUUCUUUGGGGGGUGUCUUGUUUGGAUACGACAUGGGAGUCAUUGCGGGAGCAUUACCUCAACUCAAAGAGACAUUUGACCUGUCCAGCAAACAAGAAGAAUUGGUAGUCUCCAUUCUCUACGUGGGAGGAGGACUGGGAGCCGCCUUUGGGGGAACCAUUUGUGAUUUUUUGGGCCGCAAACCUGCCAUCCUCUGGACCGAUGUCACCUUCAUGGUGGGAGCCUCCAUUUUGUUCAUGGCACCCCAUGUCUCCAUGGUCUGUGUGGGACGUGUCGUGGUGGGGUUUGCCGUGGCCGUUUCGGGGAUUGCCGAUGUUUCCUAUUUGCACGAAAUUGCUCCGACGCAAUGGCGAGGUGCCAUUGUCAGUGUCAAUGAAGCCUGCAUAUCAUUGGGGUUCUUGUUGGCAUUUGUGAUGGGAACAGUCUUGACACCGCCAACACAACAAGACGACAAUGGUGAUGAUGGCAUCCAACCCCCACCGAGGGGUUGGAGGUACAUGUUUCUAUUUGCAGGUUUCAUGGCAUUUAUACAAUUCGUGGGUAUGUGGUCCAUGCCCGAAUCUCCCAUUUGGUUAAAAGAACAAGGACGACAUGACGAAUGCAGAGCAGCCUUGCGGAGAAUCAAUGGUAGAGAUCCCGUCCCCGUAUCGGACGAGGAGGAUGGCUCGGAUCAUGCCAGCGACGAUCUGGACCAGUUUCAGGACGAACAGGAAGAUAUUCCCAACAAUCACUCGCCUCCUCGUAGCCCUGAAGAUGUGGCUGGAGAAAGCAAGACAAGUUACGAGUCUCUGGCACCACACACUGCCACAACGAGUCCAGGGCCACCUGGCAGCCACAAUCCACUGUACAAAUGCGUGGAGCUAUUUCGCAAACUGCAACGUGGUUGGUGGAAUCUGAAACGAGUGCUGGGCAAAUACCGACGACAAGUGUGGAUCGCCCUGUUUCUCUCCACGACACAACAAUUUUGUGGCCAAACCAGUGUUUUGAAUUAUGCUCCCUCUAUUUUGGCGGCAGUCGUCCAACAAGACAAUGCGGAUGGCAAUGACGCAGUCUCUGGAUGGGCGACCCUGUCUAUUGGACUGGUCAAAUUUGUGGCUACGAUACUGGUCAUCUGGAAAAUUGAGCACAUUGGUCGACGAACACUCUUGUUGGUGGGGAUGGGCACGAUUGCUUUUGGGCUGCUCCUGGUGGCAGUUGCCUUUAGUGCCAGCAGUCCGUAUCUACGUGAAAAGCAGGGCAGCUCUUCGGAUGGCAUUGUACAAAGCGGAAGUGGCAUUUACUUUGCCCUUCCUGGGGUGCUGCUGGUCGUGAGUGGCUAUUCCAUGUCGUUUGGGCCCUUGACAUGGCUUUUGACGUCGGAAUUGUUUCCAACCGAUAUUCGAGGACGAGCUCUUGGAGCCAGUACCAUUGUGACCUAUCUUUGUGCCGCCUUGAUAACCUACUCGUUCUUGACGGCUCAGUCGCUGGUCGGAGGAAAAUCCAUGGAGGAGAUUGACGCCGAUCUAUCCAAAAUGCCAUGGUGGCGACGGUUCGGAUCGACUAGAACAAGCUCCGAUCGUGACCUGGACGAUGAACCCAAGGCAUGGCCGCGGCCGUCGCCCACGAGUUCUACCAAGAGCUCUCGCAGUCUGGGGGAUCCACCCGGUUCCAUGUUGGUACCGAAUAGCAUCGAUAGGCGACUUGGAGAGGCUGAGCUAGCAUAA